AUGAUCGAAAUGGUAAACAGCACUACAGUGAGGGAAUUCAUACUGUUGGGGUUGACUAGCAACCAUCAACUUGCAGCUGUCUUUUUUCUUCUUCUGUUUGGGAUUUAUCUUUUGACAUUAAUUGGAAACAAGCUGAUUAUUAUUAUCACACUGUUGAACGCUCAACUCUGUAGCCCAAUGUACUUCUUCCUCCGACAUGUGGCAUGGGUGGAGAUUGGGUAUACAACUACCAUCGUUCCCAAAACCCUGGCCAACAUAGCCACCGGCAGGAAGAGCAUCUCUUUAGCUGGUUGUUUCGUACAAAUGUCCCUUCACUUUGUUCUUGGCACCACUGAGUUCCUUCUACUGGCCGCGAUGUCUGUGGAUUGGUACAUAGCAAUCUGCAACCCUCUUCACUACUCAACCAUCAUGAAUGGACAAAUCUGCUCCUUAUUGGUCCUUUGUUGCUGGGCUGGGGGGGUUUCACUCAUUCUAGUUCCAUCCAUUGUUUUAUUUCAGAUGCCGUUUUGUGGUCCUAACAUCAUCAAUCAUUUCUUUUGUGACAAUGGACCACUCAUCAAACUAGCAUGUGUUGACACCAGUCUGCUAGAGCUGAUUGAUUUUGUGAUUGCCACACUCUGUCUAACUGGGACCUUAAGUGUCAACAUUGUGUCUUAUGUCAAAAUCAUUUCAACAAUUCUGCGCAUCCCAUCAAGUACAGGGAGGAAGAAGACCUUCUCCACUUGUGCUUCUCACCUGACUGUGGUCUCCAUCACUUACAGCAGUUGUAUUUUCAUGUAUAUAAAUCCAAAAGGCACCAGCAAAUUAGAUUUCAACAAAAUAAUGGCUCUUUUGAAUACCAUUGUGGCUCCACUUCUGAUCCCAUUCAUAUACUGUUUGAGGAACAGACAAGUGCAGGAUGCUUUGAAGGCUGAACUGAGUCAAUGGAUUGGGUUUUGCAAGAAAUUGAGGUGA